AGGCAGAGACAAUGGAGGCUGCGGUAUAGGCUACUGCAGUGCAGGUUUGUGGGUUGUUGUUUCUGUGGCUGAAGAUAGAUUUUACAUUCGAAUUCUGAGAGACACCUGGCAACCCGUAGCUGAGCUGGAGAGUGAUAAUGUCUGUACAGGCCAGACGACAACACAGCAUACAGCAGCCAAUGAAAGAGCCCGGAACAGGAAGCUGAGAUGGAGUUCCCAGGGUGCCCAGCUGCUGCCGGUGUUGCCGUGGGCGACGAGGCGGAGCAGGCAGAGAAGGAGGGCCACGCCCAGGUUCUAUUUGAUGAGUUUGUCCAGGCGUCUACCUGCAGAACGACACUCCGUGCCUUCAACCUGCUGUGUGAGCACCUUCAGCUCACACACACACAUACUCAGCCACAGACAUACUCCGCAACGCAGCCGCAGAGGCCUUUCUACCACACCCUCAAAGAACGCCUCAGCUACUGGAAGGCAAACGCACUGUGGGCCAAACUGGACAAACGGGCGGCCCACCACGAAUACGGGAAGGGCCGUGUCUGUGCCAACACCACGUGUGUGAUCAUCGGGGCGGGGCCGUGUGGUCUGCGUACAGCAGUAGAGCUGGGGUUCCUGGGGGCCAGAGUGGUGCUGCUGGAGAAGAGAGAUGCCUUCUCCAGGAACAACGUCCUUCACCUCUGGCCUUUCACCAUCCACGACCUCAGGGGCCUCGGGGCCAAGAAGUUCUACGGCAAGUUCUGUGCUGGAGCCAUUGACCACAUCAGUAUACGGCAGUUACAGUUGGUGUUAUUAAAGGUGGCUCUGUUGCUGGGGGUGGAAGUCCAUGUCAACGUAGAGUUCAAGGGACUGGUGGAGCCACCUGCGGACCAGGAGCAACAGAAGGUAGGCUGGAGGGUGGAGGUGAAACCCAAGUCUCACCCUAUUAACCAACUGCAGUGUGACGUGGUGAUCGGAGCUGAUGGACGACGGAACACACUGCCAGGGUUCAGGCGUAAGGAGUUCCGUGGCAAGCUGGCCAUUGCCAUCACAGCUAACUUCAUGAACCGUAACACCACGGCUGAGGCCAAGGUGGAGGAGAUCAGCGGAGUGGCCUUCAUCUUUAACCAGAGGUUCUUUCAGGAGCUACGGGACGCCACGGGAGUGGACCUGGAGAAUAUAGUGUACUACAAGGACGACACGCACUACUUUGUGAUGACGGCUAAGAAGCAGAGUCUGCUGGAGAAAGGAGUCAUUCUGCGGGACUAUGCAGACACAGAAACACUUCUCUCACGGGGAAACGUGGACCAGAAUGCGCUGCUGGCCUACGCCCGCGAGGCGGCGGACUUCUCCACCAAUCACCAGCUGCCGUCCCUGGACUUUGCCAUGAACCACUACGGGCAGCCUGAUGUUGCCUUGUUUGACUUCACCUGUAUGUACGCGUCAGAGAACGCUGCACUGGUCAGACAGAGACAUGGACACCAUCUGCUGGUCACACUGGUGGGAGACAGCCUUCUGGAGCCGUUCUGGCCCAUGGGGACAGGUAUAGCACGGGGGUUCCUGGCAGCAUUGGAUUCUGCCUGGAUGGUACGGAGCUGGGCUCAAGGCCUCGCCCCCCUGGACAUACUUGCUGAAAGAGAGAGUCUGUAUCGCCUCCUUCCUCAGGCCUCUCCAGAAAACGUCAACAAGAACUUUGGUCAAUACACCGUCGACCCAGCUACCCGCUACCCAAACAUCAACCCCCAACUCAUCACACCCGCACAGGUGGGGCAUCUAAUAUACACAGAAGAGAGUGGAGGUUCGGGUGCGGACCAGGAACCACGACCCCGAUCCCCCUUGCCGAAGCUACUACGACAGGAGUCCUUCUCUCGCUCCAGUAAGCUUUUGUCAUGGUGCCAGCAGCAGACACAGGGUUACCGUGGCGUUGCGGUUAGCGACCUCACUACUUCCUGGAAGAGUGGCCUAGCUUUGUGUGCCCUCAUCCACCACUAUCGACCUGACCUCAUUGACGUUGACUCUCUAAAGGAGGAUGAGGGGGAGGAGAAUAUGAGGUUGGGGUUGGAGGUGGCAGAGAAGGAGUUUGGCAUCUCUCCUGUGAUGACUGUCGAGGAGAUGUCGUCUGUCAGUGAAACGGACACUCUCUGUAUGGUCAUGUACCUCAGCCAGUUUCACCAGCUCUUCAAGGACGCACUGCCCCCAAGCGAAUCCCAGACUGAGAGCCCAGAUGGGAGGGCUGCUGUGAUUGGUCCUGCCUCUCUCCUCAGCCGCCUGGGCCACAGCCCAUCCCGCAAGCGCAACCCCAAGGAGCAGAAGGAGAAGGAUGCGGUGGGGAAGAGGAGGAAGACCAGUCGGCCAUGUCUGGAGGAUGUGAGACAAGAUCUCAGAUUAGUGGACAGUUAUGAGGAAGAGGCUGCCGUGUGCUCUGUGGGUGGAGCAAGCCAGAGCAGAGUGCGCUCGAUGGCCAAUCAGCUGCUGGCCAAGUUUGAGGAGAAUGCCCCUUGCCCGUCCUCCACGCCAGCUGCAGUUCUCCGCAGACAGGCUGGCGUUCACUCUGUGUUGGCGGGGCCAGGGCCAGGAGGGGCCAGUGACGUGUGUUUCUUCUGCAGUAAGCGUGUGUACGUGAUGGAGAGACUCAGUGCUGAGGGACUGUUCUUCCACCGGAGCUGCUUCCAGUGUGACCACUGCAGCUCCACUCUUCGCCUAGCCUCUUACGCCUACGACCGACCUAACGGGAAGUUCUACUGUAAGCCGCACUAUGACCUCCGUCUGGUUGGGCCGGUCCAGAGGAAGAGACCAGCCCCUCCUACCUCCGACCAGCACCCAGCCCCCUACGAACGGACCCCCUCUCAGCGGACCCUCCUGGAGUCCCCAGCUGCUCUGUCCACUAACCCUCGCUCCUCAGUAACUGUGAUGACAGCAGAUCGCAGGUCCUCAGUGGCAUCUCUGAUUGAGAGGGAGUGUGGCUUGGCUAAGCGCGUGCGCGGCACGCCAGAACGUAUAGAGCUGGAGAACUACCGUGGGAGCUUGGGGAGCCUGGAGACUGAGCAGCUAACAGAUGAGCCGGAGGAGGUGCCAGAGGAGACGCUGGCCAAUUACAACCUCAGUCUGUUGGUGACAGAGGAGAAGAAGGCCAAUCACAAGCGCAGCUCGUUGUGGGACAACGAGGGCUCCAGUUCAGAAUCAGAGACGGAGGAGGAGGGGGAGAGGCAGCGGGCUCUAACCAAUGACCUGGCUAGAGACUCAUGGAGGAAGGCCAUGGAACUACACGCACGCCUCCGAGGAGAGAGAGGAGAUGAUGAAGAAGAGACAGAAGAAGGAGAGGAGGAAGGAGAGGUUGAUGAAGAUGAUGAUGAUGAUGAGGAGGAGUUAUCUAGUGAUGGGGAAGGAGCAUCUCCCCUCACCGCUGAGGAGGUAGCCUCGUUGGACGAGUGGCAGCAGAGCACACACUCUCCAGACACAUACUCUCCAGACACACACUCUCCAGACACAUACUCUCCAGACACACACUUUCCAGACACACACUCUCCAGACACACACUCUCCAGAUACACACACACCUGACACACACACGCCUGACACACACUCUCCAGACACACACACGCCUGACAUACAACUGCCUGACUCGACAACACCCGACACACACGGUCCAUACAGCCCCACCAGUGUACCCAAUAUCACCUUCUCCACUCCAGCCACUGCCUCAACACCGUUCACACCCUUAACGUCGCAUGCACCCACACCCACGUCCUCAGUCUCAAUUCCAGACUCCUCUGUCUUUACCUACUCCUCCCCCAACUCCUCCACCACCUCUGGCUGCUCCCCGGGUCCAGACGAGGGAGAGGAGGAUGGGGAGAAGAAAGAGAUGAAGGAGAGAAAAGAGCGAGAGGAGAGGGAGAGAGGGGGGAAGGAGAGGGAGAGGGUGCGUGACUCCAGCAGUAGUUCGGGGAUCGGUGUGGGCGGGAGCUCCACCACCUCUACCUCGGACCCUCUCACCCCUCCCGGCAUCCCUCCCCCCGCCCAGCUCAAGGCAUGCUGGGAUAGCCUGCCCCACCCUGCUGUGGAGGCGGAGUCACUGCAAAGCCCCACCUCUCGCUCUGCCCCUCGAUUUGCCCCCGCACCUAUCAUGGUGUCGGCUGUUGUGCGGGGGGUCAGGGGCAAGAAGCUGAAACCGUGGGACAUGGAUGGGGGAAGGGGAUCUGUUGCGGGGGGGUCUGUUGGGGCGGGGUCUCUUGGGGAGCAGCUGUGUAAGGGUGUAGUAAUAGACCCCUUAGAGGACAUCAACCCCCCCUUGUCCCCCCUGAAGCCCCUAAAGGCAGUGCCCAGAGACGAGAGAGAGAUCGGGAGGAAGAGGGAGAUGGAGAGGAGGAGGGAGAUAGAGAGAGCAGCCAUGGGAGUGGGCUGGGAGGACACGAAAAUCCCCCUGGGAAGGGAGCCUCUCCCAGGGAAGAGCAGAGGUGGUCUAGACCCCCGCAGACUCGCAGAGAGCCUGCCUCCCCUCCUCCUCACACAACUCCAGGGGGGCUCCCUCUUCCCUUCACGUAAGUGCCGCAGGGACAACCAGCCCCCCAGCCAGAGUGUGUCGGAAGGGGGCAUAGGAGAAGGUGGACCCCUGGGCCUGUGGAGAGCUGUCUUCUCUGGCUAUAAGAAGGACCGGAAGAAGAAGGGCAGGACUUCCCUUCCCAUUAUGACAACAGCCCCAGUCCCCAAAGAGCAGGGCAGGAGGAAAACAUCUGCGGAGAGAAGAGGUGUGAAGUUCAGGGAGCGCCAGAGCUGGUCGGAGCCGGAGGAGUCAGACAUCACCUGCUCUGUUGUGAUGGAGAGAUGCUCCAUGAACCCCAAGGCCAACAGGCACGUGGGGAAGGAGAGGGAGAGGGACAGUUCCCCCCAUAUGGAUACACAGCGGAAGUCAUCGUGCCCUACGGAAGUUGUGGGGGUACUGGUGCACAUGAAGGACCUGAAGGACCCGUCCAGCCUGGAUGUGUCAGAGGCCAUGUUCCACAGAGACAGAGACCCAGAGGAGGAGCAGCUAGACGCCAGGUUAACACGCAGAGUGCAGAGGGCAGCACGUAAACAGGCCAAACAAGAGCAACUCAAGAGACUGCACAGAGCCCAGAUGAUCCAAAGGCAGUUGGAGCAGGUGGAGGAGAAGCAGAGGCAGCUGGAGGAGAGGGGUGUGGCUGUUGAGAAGGCCUUGAGAGGGGAAGCAGACUACUGGGGAGAGUCGAAUGACAGUGAAGAGCUGGACUUACACCUUGGCGUCAUGGGCAGGCAGGAUGACCCAGCUCUGAUGCAGCAGUGGUUCAAGCUGGUCCAGCAGAAGAACUGUCUGAUGCGCUAUGAGUCAGAACUCAUGAUAUUUGCUCGGGAGCUGGAGUUGGAGGACAGACAGAGCCGUCUUCAACAGGAGCUCAGAGAGAGGAUGGCCGUGGAUGACCACCUGAAGGGCGAGGCAGAGCUGGCUGAGGAGAAGCUAAUCCUGGGGGAGAUGUUGGAGGUGGUGGAGCAGAGAGAUGCUCUGGUGUCUCUGCUGGAGGAGCAGCGGCUGCAGGAGAGCCAGGAGGACAGAGACCUGGAGGCCAUCAUGCUGUCCCGGGGCCUGGGCCUGCACAACUGGGCCUGAGCUCUAUCCCGGAGCCUGGGCCUGCACAACGGGGCCUAAGCAACAGACACUCACGUCACUUCCUCUCUAAAGCUGCGAUCAGGGUCAUGGUUGUGAGGUCACUUCGCCUCUGAUACAACAUUAUGACCAGGAUCAAGGCGGGACUGUGUCUGGAUGAUUCAUUUUUAGGAUUGGAUAUGUUUCCCCAAUCCCCACUGCUACACCCAUCCUGCUACACCCCUGACCCACUGACUGAUGGGCCUUUGAGAUGGCUCGAUGUUCUAUGCGCACUAUACUCACCCAGGCUGUUGUUACGGCGAUAUAUGGCAUGUUUGAAUGAUUUGUAUUGUUAUUCAUUAACAAUUUAGAGAAAUGUAUAUUAUGUAAAAAGAAACCAUACAAUUUUUUUUAAACCUUUUUUUUUUUAAAUUACACUAAUUAUGUUUUACUUCAUACAUUGGAUAAUAAAGACAUUCUGACA